CCGGCCUCUACACCAGCGGCAUCAGGCAGAGCGGUGUCGUGUUCGAGAAGGGCUGGCCGCUGAAGGCCGGCGUCGAAUGCGAGAUGGUGGCCCGCAUGGGCAAGGACGUGCCGGCCGGAACCGAAUACACCGCCCAGUCGAUCAUGGAAUUCGUCUCGAACCUCUAUUGCGGCAUGGAGGUCGUCGAGAACCGCUACGGCGACGUCUCCAAGCUGGGCGGCCCGGGUCGCAUCGUCGACGACGUGCUGCAGGCCGCCUGCGUCGUCGGGACCGAGAUCAAGGACUGGCAGAAGACCGACUUCGUCAACGUGAAGGGCCGCUCGGAAUUCGAGGGCAAGGAAAUCGGCGCCGGCCCCGGCAGCAACGUGAUGGGCGGUGCGAUGAUCUCGCUCGCUUGGCUCGCCAACAAGCUGAUCGCCAACGGCAAGCACCUGAAGGCCGGCGACAUGAUCCUGACGGGAUCGGUGCACCCGCCGCAGUUCCUGCCGGGCCCGGGAGUCGCGAAGACCGAGUUCGUCGGACUGGGCGGCGCCGAGAUCACCGUCAAGUAA